UUAGAUUUCAUCCCUCCCUUUCUCUCGACAUGAAUCGCAUGGUUCCGGACUUCCAGCACGGCAACGAGCCCCACGCCUCCUCCGCCGCCGCCAAUCCCCGCCGUAAAGCAUUCACCUGGGAAAAUAUUUUUUUAAGCCACGAAGACGAAUUGAUGGAGUUAAUCUGGCAAACCGGCUUGAUGACCCAUCCGGUAGAUCGCUCCGCCGCGGAGGUGGCCUUUUGUGGCUCCUCAAGCGCCGUUGGCGGUGGUUGGGCGGACGCGGCCAGCCGACUGUUCAUGGAGGAUGACGAAAUGGCUUCGUGGCUGAACUGCCAGAUCGGGAACGCGGAGAGCGGAGGCGGCGACCUCGAAGCGAUGAUGGCGAAUCAGGAGAUGACGGUGGUGACGCCGGGCGAGACUCCUGUGGCGGGGUCGACGGCGAUGGGGUCGAGCGAGACUCCGGAAACCGUCGUGAUCGUGGAAGACGACCAGCCACGGGGGUCCGCGUCGUCGUCGGGGACGGCGGAGCGCAAGCGGAAGAAGGUGAGUGCGGCGCGGGAGGAAGAGACGGACCUCCAGGUUGAGCAGGGUGAUGAAUUUAAAUCCGGUGAAAGAAGGAAAGACCGCCCUACACGAUACAGACCAGUGAGAAAGCUACGUGCCGCAGAGAUCCACAAUCUCUCUGAGAGGAGGCGUCGGGAUAGGAUCAAUGCGAAGAUGAAGGCUUUGCAGGAACUCAUACCCAGAUGCAACAAGUCAGACAAAGCUUCGACGUUAGAUGAGGCCAUUGAAUAUAUGAAAUCUCUUCAACUCCAAGUCCAGAUGAUGUCCAUGGGCUGCAACCCUGGCGCUGUGAUGUUUCCGGGCGUUCAAACAUACAUGCCCCCCAUGGGAAUGGGCAUGCACAUGGGACUGGGCAUGGGGAUGGGCAUGGGGAUGGGUCUGGGGAUGAGAAUGGGAACUGACAUGGCUGGUGGCAAUAUACCCCGUCCAAUACUGCCAUUUGGACCCAUCCCUUGCCCGCCAGUUACUGCACAUCCACCAGUUCAGUUCGGCCCAAGACCAACAUGCACAACACCAUUAAUGCCAUCGUUCCAUCCAUCGCCUGCUAUGCCAAUUGCUGAUCAAGCCAGAUUCGAAGCUAUCAAUCAGCAAAAUCAUCUGUCCGAUACACUUAACAUACGAAGCCCAAAUAUGGGUCAAAUGCCACAUGUUGUUGAUCCUUUUCAUCAUUUUCUUAACCUUCAAUGCCCUCUAGUGCAAUCCCAGAGUCAAGUGCCGGAUGAAGCUGGAACCAGCAACAGGAAUGGGAACGUCGAUGGCAACAAUGGGCUGACUGGUUGAAUCAAAACCCCCUAGAACUUCAUGGAAGUCGAAAUCUGCUAAGUAGUCUUCUUGGACGAUUAGUCCAAGAGGACAGCGCGAUGCAGGCUACUCGGAUGGGUUGCCUAUCAAGUUUUGUAGAAUAUGGAUGUACUAAGAUCUCUAUCUUUAUUUAUCCUUCUGGACAUGAAAGCUACUUCUCGAGAGAUCAUAGUGGAGUACGUUUGCUGCGUCGUUGUGUGUUUGAUCGCAUGUAACAAAACGAGUGUGUUCACUGUUAUGUUGGAGUCUUAUGUUAGAUGAAUCUGCACCGAGUUACUUGAAACAUCUAUCUGAAUGGUUUUACUUGAUUGAGAUGUGCCAGGAAAUUUGGAACUUGAUCUACUAUGGGCAAUACUUUUGUGAGGUGUUCUACUGUUGGUGGUGGCUUCUCUUCAAAGAGGAUAUGUGAUGAAUUACUCCAAACAUGAGGUUUUAGGUAAAUUGUCACCACGCAUAAACAAAGCUAACAGAUUUGUUUACUGGAUCUGUUACUCUUUUUUUUUUUUUAGUCUCUUAUUAUUUUAUUUUAGUAUUGCGUAAUUGAGUAGUUUUCUUCCGAAUUUGAUAAAAUUUUAAUUAUUUUCUGUAACAAAAUCAAAUUAUUUAUUCAAGAAAAGAAUCGCUUCGAGAAAUACAAUUUUAGGCGACCGGUUGUCGUUUAGUCGCGCGAAUGGCGACGUGGCCGGGUCGAUGGGACCCACGUUGCGCACCAAUCGCCUCGAGAGAGGACGAGGGGUUGCCACUUUCUUCGAAGCAACCGACUCGUCCGCUCCCGCCCUCGCGUAUUAACCAAGCUGGCAGAGAACUCCGAGUUCCUCGGCUUUCUGGGAAAAUUCUAGGGUUCUUGUUCGCGAUCUUUCCUGAGAAGAGGAAGGAGAGAGAAGAGAGGAGAGAGAAGAGAGGAAGAGACCGCGUCCCCUGCUUUGGACGGAGCUGCCUUGAUCUUUCCUGCAUACUCUCGUCGGCCCCUCCAUUUUGACCUACUCCAAAUGGGUCCUGAAUAGUUGCCGCCGCCACUGGCAGCUCGGCCUCGAUCUCCCCUUCCUUGCUGCUCUCUGAGGUUGGGUCUUGGUACGAUGGCAAGGAUGUUCUUUUGCAACUGGGAGAGCUGGGAGAGCAGGGUUCCUGUCACGGAACCCCCUCUCUCUAAGUGGCUGCAUAUAUUAACCCUCCCUAAAGCCUACAUUGAUGAGAGUCUUGUGCAUUGGGCACUUCCACUUUUGUUGGUAGCCAUGGUUGACAACAAAGGUCCUCACUGAUGUUUGUUCUAGGAUGAGACAAAAGCACCUGCUCCCUUAUCGAACUGACUGGGACUUGAUCCAUCUUCUAGCAGGGGUUGGGUCCACAAAUGGACCACUGAGAGAGGCAUCUCCAAAACGUGGUAGCACCUCAAAAAUUCUUUUUGAUGUAAAUCAGAAAGUUGUAGUCCAACUUAUUUUAAGUUUUUUUUACCUUUAACCUUCAAUUUUAGUGGUCAUCUAAAGAUGUGAAUGCAACACUUCCAUUGCUUGUUAGUUUCUGUCAUUCUCCAAAUGAAUAAAUCAAAAUCAUCAGCUACUCAAGGA